AUGAGUCUGCUAAACUGUGAGACCAGCUGCGCUUCCAGCCAGUCUGAGAGCGACUGCUGCGCAGCCAUGGCCAGCUCCUGCGGCGCGGCAGCCAAGGAGGACAGCGUGGGCGCCGCUGCCAGCGCAGGGAAUCUCUCCAGCUCUCUGAUGGAAGAGAUCCAGGGCUACGACGUGGAGUUUGACCCGCCCCUGGAAAGCAAGUAUGAGUGCCCCAUCUGCCUGAUGGCGUUACGGGAACCAGUGCAGACACCAUGCGGCCACAGGUUCUGCAAAGCCUGCAUCACCAAGUCCAUAAGGGAUGCAGGUCACAAAUGUCCUAUUGAUAAUGAAAUACUGCUGGAAACUCAACUCUUUCCCGACAAUUUUGCAAAACGAGAGAUUCUUUCUCUUAUGGUGAGGUGUCCAAAUGAAGGUUGUAUGCACAAGAUGGAACUGCGGCAUCUUGAGGAUCAUCAAGUGCAUUGUGAGUUUGCUCUUACAAAUUGUCUUCAAUGCAACUGUCCGUUACAGAAGUGCCAACUUAACACUCACAUUCUCCAGGAGUGUCCAAGAAGACAGGUUUCUUGUAAGAACUGCGCUAUGUCAAUGGCAUUUGAAGAUAAAGAGAUGCAUGACCAGAGCUGUCCUUUGGCAAAUGUCAUCUGUGAAUACUGCAGUACCAUGCUCAUCAGAGAACAGAUGCCUAAUCAUUUUGACCUGGACUGUCCUACAGCCCCAAUUCCAUGCACUUUCAGUUCUUUUGGUUGCAAUGAAAAGAUGCAGAGGAUUCACUUGGCACGCCACCUCCAAGAGAAUACCCAGUCCCACAUGAGGAUGCUGGCCCAGGCCGUUCAGAGCUUAAACCUGGCCGUGGCUCCCGCGCCGCAGCGAUACGAGCCUGCGUCCCUGUCCCGGGUCUCCUCUGGGUGUAACCCAGAGGUCUACAACUUCCAAGAAAUCAUUCAACAGCUGGAGGGCCGCCUCGUCCGACAGGACCAUCAGAUCCGGGAGCUGACUGCGAAGAUGGAAACUCAGAGCACGUACGUGAGCGAGCUGAAACGAACCAUCCGAACCCUGGAGGACAAGGUCGCCGAAAUAGAAGCACAGCAGUGCAACGGGAUUUACAUCUGGAAGAUUGGCAACUUCGGGAUGCACUUGAAAUCCCAGGAAGAGGAGAAACCCGUGGUCAUUCACAGCCCUGGCUUCUACACAGGCAAACCCGGAUACAAACUCUGCAUGCGCCUGCACCUGCAGUUACCCACUGCCCAGCGCUGCGCCAACUACAUCUCCCUCUUUGUCCACACGAUGCAAGGGGAGUACGACAGCCACCUCCCCUGGCCCUUCCAGGGUACCAUCCGCCUCACGAUUCUCGAUCAGUCCGAAGCGCCUAUCAGGCAAAACCACGAGGAGAUCAUGGAUGCCAAGCCGGAGCUGCUUGCCUUCCAGAGACCCACGAUCCCGCGGAACCCGAAAGGCUUUGGCUACGUGACCUUCAUGCAUCUGGAAGCCCUACGACAGAGAACCUUCAUCAAGGAUGACACUUUGGUUGUACGCUGUGAGGUCUCUCCUCGCUUUGACAUGGGCAGCCUUCGGAGAGAGGGUUUCCAGCCUCGGAGCACGGACGCGGGGGUAUAG